GCUAUCGUAAUGCAGGGAGUAAAGGAGCUGGGGCUGCUUUGAGGAGUACAAAGUUGUUCUUUUUAAUAUCCUGUCGGCUCACUCUUGGGGGGCUUUGUGUAAACGUGGAAUCACAGAAAGUUUGGGAGAAAUGUAGGUUAGUUUCUUAGGUCGCUUUGGUCGUUUUGCUUUACGAUGGAGGAACCUGCGACAAGACAGUUUGAGAUGUCCCUGUCAGACGGUGCCUCGGACGACGAUUUGCCUUUAACGUUACCUACAGAGGGCAGCCAGAGUGGGAGCAUCCGGAAGGGAUGUGAUCCUUUUGCGCAGACUCAGCGCAGUAAACUGCAGCACCGGCGAGCUCGCAUCAACCAGCAGAUCAACAAGGAGAUGCGCAUGAGAGCCGGAGCGGAGAACCUGUUCAGGGCAACAAGCAACAACAAGGUGAAGGAGACGGUGGCUCUGGAGCUCAGCUUCGUCAACUCCAACCUGCAGCUGCUCAAAGAGGAGCUGGAGGAGCUCAAUAGCAACAUGGAGGUGUACCAGACAGACAGCGAGGCUGUUAAUGUUCCCAUGAUCCCGCUCGGAUUAAAAGAAACCAAAGAGGUGGACUUCACGGUUUCUAUCCAGGACUUCAUCUGUGAGCACUACGGAGAGGACAGCUCUCUCUACGACAAGGAGAUCAAGGAGCUUAUGGAGCUCAGACAGGCCAUGCGUACACCCAGUCGUAACCAGGCCGGUCUGGAGCUACUGAUGGAGUACUACAACCAGAUGUACUACCUGGACCAGCGCUUCUUCCCCCUACACAGGAACCUGGGCGUACACUUCCACUGGUACGACUCUCUGACAGGCGUCCCGUCGUGUCAGCGUACGUUGGCCUUUGAGAAAGGAAGUGUGUUGUUCAACAUCGGUGCUCUGUACACACAGAUUGGAGCACGGCAGGACCGCUCUGCAACGGCGGGCAUAGACAAAGCUAUAGAUGCCUUUCAGAGAGCCGCAGGUGCGUUUAAUUACCUUAAGGAGAAUUUCUCCAACGCUCCGAGUCUGGACAUGAGUAGUCCGUCGCUAUGCAUGCUGGUACGACUGAUGGUUGCCCAGGUGCAGGAGUGUGUGUUUGAACGUGUUACACUCACCACACAGGACACACACUUCACUUCCCAACUGCGCCUGGCACAAGAGGCUGCACGGGUGUCAGACGUCUACUUGUUAGUGCAGCAGACCGUGACGCAACCUCUGAUGAAGGACUACGUGCCGUUUUCUUGGGCGUCCAUGGUUCAGGUCAAAUCUGAACACUUCCGCGCGCUCUCACACUACUACGCUGCUGUGGCACUCUGUGACCACACGUUGUCUGCUGAGGAUGAGGAGGCUGAUGAGGAAGCAGAGAAGGCUUUCCUCCAGUUCUACAUCAACGUCCCUGCAGGGCCACCGCUCAGCCAGGUUUUACGAGACCCUGAAAAAAGAAGAAAACUUGGUAAAGCUCACCUGAGGCGUGCGGUAAUCAGACAUGAGGAGGCCAUGCGCGUCCACAGUCUGUGUAAGAUCCUGAGGAAGAUGGACAUCCUGCAGGACGUGCUGUCUCUCACACACAAACGCUCUCUGGACAAGUACUCAGAGCUGGACAGAGAGGACGACUUUGAUGAAACCGCAGAGGCUCCAGAGAUACAGUCUCUAACCGAUCAGAAACCAGACAUCACUCCACCCAACUUCUCCACAGUGCAAGUUACUGAUAUCUUCCAAAGACUGGGGCCUCUGUCAGUGUUUUGUGCACGGGCUCGCUGGGGUCCGAUACGUGUGAUCUGCCUGCAGAGAGGAGAGGGUGGACUGGGUCUCACGCUCAGAGGAGACUCCCCCGUCCUGGUGGCUGGAGUGGUGCCUGGAGGCUGCGCGGCGGAGGCGGGACUAAGGGAGGGAGACUACAUAGUGGCAGUGGACGGACAGGACUGUAAAUGGGCCAAACAUGGCGAGGUGGUGCAGAUGCUGAAGAGCUGUAGUGACAGAGGAGUGGAGCUCAGUGUGGUCACAUUACACUCACAUGAUAUACAGCAGGUGGAAAGGAGGGCCAUCAUGCUGUCCCACAGCAGCGAUAAAGAAAACACUCGACAGCGUCUGGUGAGUGGCGCCAAGGGCCAGAGCUCUGCCUCCUUGUUGAACUGGAACAGGAAGAAGAAGCGGGAUGGCAGCGGGGUCACCAAGAGACUAGGAAGCACUUUCAGUCUGUCGUUUGGAAGCAUCCGAGACAGCGAGGCCAUGUACUGAGACAGGACUGCAGAGGAACCACUCAGGGAAUCACAGCAGUGGAGCACACGGUACGAUCAGGGCCGCAUUCAGACAGUAACACCAGCAGGGGGCGCUGCUGCAAAGAGCUCCAACAAAAAGCACAAGUUCAGUCCAGUGAUGUACGCCAGCACAGUCCAAUGUAUCCGACAACUUUGUUGGUCAAUCAAAUACGUGGAAGCACACAUACCAGGUAGAACACCUUGUAGCAUGUAGCUUGUUGCUAAUUUUUACAUUUCAAAAGUGAAGAUGGAGGAUGUUACCAUUGCUGCCAUGCCACCAUUUCCAGAGUUGAACAGUCCUGCCUCAGAGGAGCGCACUGUGGAGUCUAAAGGUGUGUAGAGCCAGAACACAAGGAAAAUCUUGGAAGGCGAUUGCUCAUAAACUUAAUGGAAAGAUGUGAGUAGGUGUGAAUUAAGGAAUGGUCGAGUACUUACAUACAGAGUACUUGGAUUAAAAACAAACAAAUGAAUUAUCCUUAAAAGCAAAAAGGAUAGUAUCCAAAAUAAACAGCCAAGCGAAAAUGUGGGUGGGGUUAUGGUUUUCCUAGCUCUCUGCGAUGCACAGACCUUAGAGAUUCACCACAUUGGUAGCUUGUUCUCUGGCUCAACAAACACCAUCCGCCCGCAGAAGCUUUCUCCUCCACAAAGGUUGUCUGGAUCUCCACUCACCAUCUUUGUGAUCAUGUGGCUGAUCUUCUCUGAGCUGGUGGCGUCACAACGGCAUGUGCUAACGCUGCUAGCACCGCUGUGUUCUCAUUGUGCUUAGUUAAUCCUCAAACUAGCUGUUUCUAUAAUACGCAAGUUUAAUGUUACAUAGCUUGCAUGAUGUGUGACUGAAAACGUUGGACGUUAUUAUGAGGCUGCUCAUUUUAUCGAUAGAAAAAUACAAUUACUCUACGUGUUGAACGAAUGCUGACCUCCACAUCAUGCCCAUCUGCAGCAUGAAUAGAUGUAAUUUCAUGGAGUGGCGCAAACUGAGGCUAAGACACGUUCACGCAAGUUGUUUGAACUUGUCAUCUUUGGUAUAUUAUAUGGUAUAUAUUAUUAUUCUAUUAUUGUACCAGCAUUCAUUAACAGUGAGCAGUUUGUGUCUGGUUGGGUCUUUCUGAGACAAGACAGUGUUACGUUUACAGACUGCCGUGCUGUUGCUGCUGCUUUAUAUAAGAAGGGGGCAGAAUGCAGAAUGACUUGAAUCACUGACUUUUCGGGGGCAGCCGUAUAAUAAACAGGAAGAACCAGAGUUUCUGGUGAGUUCUGAGUUUAGUCUGAGCUGCCACACAAACACGUCCGUUUCUAGUUAGCUAACAGCUAAUGUCUGUACAGUUGGCACGCUGUUUGGGUCAGCAGUCAAAUUUGUGUGAAUGAGGCGAAGCAAAGAUUUGUGUCGCUUUCUGUUUAAACACACCUUAAGUCUUAAAACUGGACUCCCUAAUUCUUCUUACCAACAAUAUGUAGCAACAUACCCACAACAACACAGCCCCGUGUUUUUACCUUCUGUCAGACAGGGAGCCAUGGACAGUGAGUUGAUCGAUCCAGUGCUAACACUGGUUUUUAAGAGAAGUUAAAUGUGCGAUACAUUUGGAUGAAAACACAGCUACUGGGUGGAGCUUCUGUUCUGUGUAAGACCACCGACACUGGAUACACCACCCAUCUGAAGGAUAGAGCAGAACUGACAAGCACCAUAUUUCUUGUGUCUUAUAUUUUCCUUACGUGGUCUGUAACAGUCGCCUGUUUAACCACUGAAGUGCUCCUAAAACCAUCUGAAACUUUGAU